UCCUUGUCACCCUUGAUAUGAGCUAGUCCAUGUGAUGUAGCUAAAUGCAAGAGACAGUGAUCUCGCGCUGAUGAAGACGUCCGCUUCCAAAAUGUGACAGAGCAGUCACGCUGCUAUCUCCGAAUACAUCUGUCGUCGCUUUACAAAAAGAAGGCGAGGACAGGACGGCUGGUCGGCUGCUGCUCACACCAAGUUCCGUACACAAAAUGUCAAGUUCUCUCCCUUUGGGAACGGCAAUGUCUGUCCCACGACUCGAUGGCGGUAGGAACGGAGUGUCCGCCGCACCAAAGGCGCUGGCCUUCUCCAUUGAACGGAUCAUGUCCAAGACCUCUGAACCAAAAGUCCGUUUGGAUGAGCGGCGAGUAGUGGAGACUUCAGAGGGAAUGAAGAUGCUGGGUCUCUGUUCACCUAUACCGUGCAUGAUCCCCCUACAACCUUUUAGCUACGAUUUACAAGCCAAGGCGCUGAUGAAUUACUCCGAAUUUUGGAAAGCUAAUUUCAGAGGAACACUAUGCACUUCUGCGGCGAUGUGUAAAGCCAACUGUGGGAUGUGUGGCAAAAUUGACUCGGGGUUGAAGCACUCUUUAUUACCGGGGAGGGUGAUAAAACCCCAAGUCAUCCACCAGGCAGUGGCGAUGCCCACCAACGGCUCUCUUUAUUAUUUCAAUUACCUGGACUCUGCUUAUCACCAGUCUGAGCUGCUAAGCGGACACUUGUUUUCCUCUGCCAUGGCCAACUCACAAGCCCAAGCUUCUCUCAGUGCGCACCAGAAACUGCUACUGCUGGAGAACGCCAAACUCGCAAGCGCUUCCACCGAAAAGUUUCCGACACCUCAGUACCCACACAAGGAGCAUCUCCCUGGCCAGCUCGACCAGAUAGUGAAGGAGAACCAUAGCCUGAGCUCGGAGAAAAAUGGAGUGAAAGCGCAUAGCAAGCACAACAGCUCCACGGACGGGAAACCCAAAAACUUCACCUGCGAAGUGUGUGGAAAGGUGUUCAAUGCCCACUAUAAUUUGACACGACACAUGCCAGUGCACACAGGCGCGAGGCCGUUCGUGUGUAAAGUGUGCGGGAAAGGAUUUCGUCAGGCCAGCACGUUGUGCAGACACAAAAUCAUCCACACACAGGAAAAGCCUCAUAAAUGCAACCAGUGUGGCAAGGCGUUCAACAGAAGUUCGACGCUGAACACUCACAUACGGAUCCAUGCCGGGUACAAACCUUUCGUCUGCGAAUUCUGUGGGAAAGGAUUUCAUCAGAAAGGAAAUUACAAGAACCACAAAUUGACGCACAGCGGAGAGAAACAGUACAAGUGUUCCAUCUGUAACAAGGCCUUCCAUCAGGUCUACAACCUAACCUUUCACAUGCACACGCACAACGACAAAAAGCCCUUCACGUGCGGAACCUGUGGGAAAGGCUUCUGCAGAAACUUUGACCUGAAAAAACACAUAAGGAAAUUGCACGACAAUAACUCAUGUAGGCCUAUAUCUGUGGCGACCGAUUCUUCCAGGGGACCCGAAAGCUGAGUUUUCCAUUGGAUUUGGACAGUCUCCUUCACACUUAAAUUGACAGGUUAUUAAGCCUCGCCAGCGCAAAUUUCUCAAUGCAUUUGUUUCUCCAGUUUUCAGUGAGUGAUGAAAACAUCAAAUACAAUUGUUAAAAGAAGGGAACCUAUAAAGCAUAAAAAAUAAACAUUGGGACGACUUGAUAGCCUGAUGAAAAGCAAAUGAGUUUUUUUUAGGUUUUGUUCGAUUUUAAAAUUAUAAUAAUGAGGAUGGGAAUUUUGCUUUGUUGCAGCAGUGCAGUAAAUCUGACCGUGAGUGAAUGAAUUAAUGUUAUAAACAUUUAAGAAGAAAAUGACUAUUUGCUCAACCCAUGGGGAAAUUCAGGAGGACGUGUUGUUUUUCUUCUAUUGCAUAACGUGUGAAAAUCGAAUUGUAAAUAAUGAAAAUAAAAUGUUAUUUAAAAGUGUUUUACUUUGGGCGCAUUUGUAUACAUUACAAUGUAGGCUACAUACAACUAAAUUGUAACCUAUAUGUGGAUAAAACGUUUUAUACA